CCUCCGUCUUUACCGUGGCCCUUCAUCCCAAGAAUCCCCAAAUAGCCGCCUCGGGUGGUGAAGAUGACUUGGCUUAUGUUUGGCACACCCACACGGGUGGGGUGGUGCUCAAAUGCGACGGCUUCAAAGACUCGGUGGUCUUUGUGGCCUUCAGCCAAGACGGUACCUAUUUGGCGGCGGCUGAUAUGGCCGGCGUGAUCAAAGUGUGGAAAGUGGCCACUCAGGAACUCACGUGGGAAUUUGAAACCAGCGACAUCACCUGGAUCUCGUGGCACGGCGGCGCCAAUGUCCUUUUCGCUACCACCGUGGAUUCCGAGCUUUGGAUGUGGAAAAUUCCGAGCGGCGAAAGCAAGAUCUAUUCGGGUCAUGGGGAACGCGCUGAAAGUGCCAAAAUUUUGCCUGAUGGCAAGCGAGCCAUCGUGGGUUAUGGAGAUGGCUCCAUGCGAUUGUUCGAUUUGAAAUCCGGAGAUGUGGUGCACAAUCUGAGUGGCAACGCCGGUCAUUCGGCCUCGGUGACUUCGAUUGCCGUGAGGUCGGACAAUAAUCUGAUCGGCACGGGCGGAGUGGAUGGGUCAGCCAAAUUGUUCAACACCCAAUCGGGCAAGAGCAUUGGUACUUUCAUGUGCGGCACCCACUCUAAUGACCCGGAUGGGGAUGAAGAGAUCGAUUCGAAAUCUACGGUUGAGUCUAUCCUCUUCUCCAAACCCGAAAUGAACCUGAUGCUCACGGGAACCCUCGAGGGAACGGUUAAUGUCUGGGACCUGGCCUCGCAAGUGUCGAGACAGGCGUUUUCCGUUGGGACUGGGAUCACCAAAAUGGAAUGGCGCGAAGGCAGUCAUACGGAGGUACUGGUGGCCACGUUGGAUGGCUUAGUUCGAUUGGCGGAUAUUCGCAUGGGCAAGAUUCUGGCCGACUUUUCCGGACAUACCGCCUCCAUUCUCGAUUUUGCCCAAUCCAGUAAUGGUUCCCUAAUGUUGACGUGUUCAGAUGACGGAACUUGUAAAGUGUACGAUGUUCCCAAAGUAAUCGAAUCCAAGUAAAAUAAAUUCGAACAGGUGUAUUUUCUCAAA